AUUUUGUAGAUCUGAAUGAGAUCUACAGGUUUUGUAUUUAAGGUUUUUCUCUCAGGCUCUUUGUUUUCCAGCUAGGAUGCUUUGAAAUUUAAAAAAAUAAAAAUAAAGGCAGUUUUGAAUUUUUUUGUCAUGACGGUCUAAAGGGGAUCUCAAAUAUCCCCUAAAUGGGUUAGGUUUAUUUUUUUUAUCGUUUUUUCGUUUUUUUUUUUUCAAAAUAUAUGUUUUUGCCUUGAUAUAUUUAUACCUAUGAUAUUAUAAUAAAAGUAACGUUCUACUAUAAAUUCUUUUCAAAAUUUGUGAAAAUGGCCGCAUCCUCGCUUGCCCCCACCAUUAGAAGUCCCAAAAAUACCGUAAAAAGACUGCGGCGGAGCUUCAAGGAUUUCUCCCUAGAGUUUUACGCCCUCUCCUCAAGACAAAAUCCUGGCUACUCCAAGCCGAAUAUAGCCGAGCUGUCGGAAACGCACGAAUUUUUUAUAAUAUGCAGUGAAAUUUUUCUCUGUCAACUGGUCCCAUUUAACUCUAUGUAUGUAGUAGUCUAGUCCUGCUAUAUAAUUAAUUCUACUUCUGGUAAUUUUUGGAGCCCGAGCCCCCAUAGUAAUUUUGAAAUUCCGGCGCCUAUGUAACUUUCAAUAGUGAACAUUCAAGAAUCUGUGUAAAACCGAAUUCGGAGAAAUUUGCGAAUUGAUAAUAAUUCUAGGAUGGAUUUUUUUUUUUUUUUUUUUGACUUUGACUUUGACUAAGCAGUCAUUCAGCCACCUAGGAGGGAUUGUUGGUGUAAUUCUUGCUUUAGGAAAACUAAAAUUGCUAUAUUAACGCUUCUUACAAUAUUUUUUUCUCUAGGGUGUACAUGACAUCCAAUCCAUAGGCACAUCGAGAGUAGUCCAUAUCCAAAACCAAGGUCCGACGAACAUAUUAUCAUUUAGUCAUAAACUUAACAAACUGCAAACAAAAGCUAUUGAAAUUUUUGAAAAGGAAAACAUCAAGCUAACAUUCUAUUCAACUGAUCAGUUCAUGGAGGACAUAGUGAACCUAAGAGUGGAAAACAUUGAAUCUAAUAACCUGGUUGAUGAGUUAAACGAAGAUAAUAAUGCUUUGCAUAUUUUAAUUGCUACUUUGGAAGAGUCUUUGAUCAAUAUGGGAGAACUGGUAGACGGCCAACACCGCAUUAUAAUGAAUUCGAAAAUGAGAGAGAUUGAAUUGGUGAAUAAGCUAAGAAAACUAAACAUUGUAGUGACUGAGAACGAAAACACCCUCGAUAAUUUUUUUCAGGAUGCGGAAGAGGCUCGCAAAUCGGUUGUUGGCUUGAAAACUCUUUAUGACAAAAAAGCUCAACAGUGUAACAAACUACAAAAAUCCUUCGAAGAAUACAAAAGAAAAUUUAAUGAGGAGAGCUUUGAAGCUGUUAAACAGGAUCUGGUGGUGUCUAAGAAAAAAGAAGAAGAGCUGCAAAAGGAACUGCAACAAAUGAAGAAAUUAAACGAUUUGAUGACGCAAGAAGCUCGACAACACACAUUCUGAGACGAAUUUGUUGUGACUUUAUUCAAUCAUACGCCACCAUACUAAGAGUAUGUUAUAUUUUUAAGUGUUUUCUGUUAACUUAUUUGAGAAUUGUUAUUUCGUUCUAAUUUAUGUUCAGUUGGCUGCUUGCUUUCAGCCAUCUAAUGUUUUAGUUUGUUUAUUUCAAAAUGACUGAAAUAAAUUUUCAGUCUUUCUAACUUCUGUUACCUAUCAUUGUUCAUUUAUGUUGAGCGUUCUCU